ACUAUCUUGGAAGCUGCUUUCGCCUAGUGGGCUGAGCAUAUGAGACUUUUCUCACUCUAUUUGCGACAUUCAUUUCCGUGACCAAUAUCGGCGUGUCAUCGUAUGUUUACUGUUUUCCUUCCGUCCAUCUAUCGAAUACGAGUAAAUAAGCAAAGUUGCAAUCCCGUAGUUUCAUUGUAAAAAGAAGAAAGCUGAGAGACUCAAGCCAGCUUUGGAACCUUGAAGGUCAGGUGGCGGCCCGUAGGGCUCAUUGCCGAGCCUGUCCUCAUCCUCCCUGAAUCCUACGUCUCCACCAUCCCUCAUACUGCCCCAGCAGCUGACACGUCAGUGUGACUGGGUGACUUACCCCCGUGCCUGAGCGCGGCACGCAGAGACAUUUAUAAUUAUAUUACUGCGGGCCUGUCGCCCGUCUUGCUCUCGCCAUGUCCCAAGUUCAUCGACGCGCUGUGGCCUCCAUCAACAUGCAGGACCUCAGCGCCAGCAGUAGUACCAGUAGCCGGGCACCACUGCUGAGCCCGGUUUCCAGCAGCAGUGACGGCGGCUCGGACUUUGAUGAGAGGGCCAGCUAUGGCUCAACCUCGGGGAGGAAAGAUGGUGUCCUGUCGACAAGCUCUCAGAGUGAUGACGAUGACGAUUUGGAUGAUGAGGACGAGGUAGAUGGCAGAGAUGAGGAACUUGGUGUUCCCGCCCACGGUGGCAUUCAAAAGGCAGAUGCAAUCAACCGAGUCUGGUCUAAAGCUGCGCUGGUCACAGCAUAUUUAUUCAUCUUUCUGUGUUCUUUCGCCAACGCUUUGCAAUGGCAGGUCAUCUUCAAUCUGAUGCCCUAUGUUGUUAGCGAGUUCUCUUCUCAUUCCUUGAUACCAACCAUCGGUAUCGUUUCGAACGUCCUCAGCGGCGUGCUGAAACUUCCAGUAGCUAAGAUUAUCGACUCCUGGGGCCGGCCCCAGGGAUUUGCAUCUAUGACCCUCCUUGCUGCUCUAGGGUUGGUUCUUAUGUCUCUUUGUCGAGACGUUCAAACCUAUGCAGCUGCCCAGGUCAUAUACCAAGUAGGAAUUAGCGGUUUCACGUAUAUCCUCGAAAUUAUCAUUGCCGACACUUCUUCCCUGAAGAACCGAUCCCUCGCUUUGAAUUUCAGCUCAAUGCCCAAUCUCGUCACCACAUUCAUUGGACCGGCCAUUGCUAGUUACUUUACGGAAGAUGAUCUUUGGAGAUUAGCAUUCGGCUUCUCGGCCCUUGCCCUCGUUUUGCUAUCUCUCCCUCUAUUUUGGAUCUUAAUUCUAAAUAUGAGAAAGGCGAAGGAACUAGGACUCCUUGAGACGUCUACCAAGCAGGAACCCUGGACUAUAAGCAAAUUCCACCGCUAUCUAGUUGAAUUUGAUGCUGUGGGAAUGCUGCUACUCAGCGCUGGAAUGACGCUGAUACUAAUCCCAUUUUCUCUAACCACCAAAUCUACUGCUACCAACAAUAUCAACGUCUACACAUUUACCCUCUUCUUAGGAUUUGUAUGUGUAAUUGCAUUUGGUUUUCAUGAAAAAAGGACGAAGAAACCGUUCAUAGCAUUUUCGCUUCUAUGUUCCCGCAAUGUCGCUGGGGCUUGUCUACUAUCGACUACGAUUUUCGUAGCCUACUUUGCCUGGGAUGGCUACUAUACAUCUUAUCUGCAGGUAGUCCACGGGUUAACUAUCACUCAGGCUGGCUACAUCGGACAAACUUACAGUAUUGGGUCGUCUAUUUGGGGACUUGUAGUGGGUUAUUUAAUCCGAAAGUCCGACCGGUUCAAGUGGCUCGCCGUGGUAGCGCUACCAGUGCAUAUUAUCGGUGGCGCUCUGAUGAUUAUCUUUCGACGACCAGACACACAUAUCGUAUGGGUUGUCUUGUGCCAGAUCCUCUUGACUAUUGGUGGUAGUACACUUGUCAUUUGCGAUCAAAUGGCAGUGAUGACGGCCGUCAGUCACUCCGAGCUUGCCUCUACCAUGGCUAUUCUAUCUUUAGCUACCUACUUGGGAUCCGCGAUGGGUAGCUCACUCAGCGGUGCAAUCUGGAAUUCCACUCUGCCAGGGGCCCUUGCUGAGCUCCUCCCAGAGUUAAGCCCUCUCGAGUUAGUCAGUAUCGGCUCUGAUUUGAAGAAGCAGUUGAGUUAUCCCAUGGGAACACCAAUUCGUACAGCCAUCAUCGCCGCUUAUGGACAAUCACAAGCUCGUAUGUGUAUAGUCGGUACUCUAAUAUCACUUUUAGAAAUUGGGGCAGUUUUGAUAUGGAAAGAUAAACGGCUGAGCCGGUCGAAACAGGUCAAGGGGACAGUACUGUAAUUGUUGUACAUCGAUAGAAUUCAUACACUACUUUAGAUCGAUAGAAUAGACAAAGAUCAAAGUAUCUCUUGUUCGAACCACGCACUUCGCUAAUCUGCUUUUGUCAUAACCCCGGGAGUACUCUUUAGGCCUGG